CUGGGUGAAAUACACAGGGGAAUUCAGAAUUCUGCGUAAACUAGAGAGGGCUGAAAACUGUUGGCCUAUGCUAAGUAUUUUUUUUACUGAAUACAAGUACCAUAUAACCAAAGUUGUGCUGGAAGACUGCAAUUUAGUAGAAGAAUUUGAAUAUCAGAACUGUGCUGCUUGUAUAAAGGAAGGUGAAAUUAUGAAAACAAGAGGAAAUGAAGAAUUCUCAGAAGAGAGGUUUGAUACGGCUAUCACAUAUUAUACCAGAGCAAUUGAAUUUCGACCUGAAAAUCACCUACUUUACAGUAACCGAGCUCUUUGUUUCCUUCGUACUGGUCAAUUCAAGUGUGCACUUGGUGAUGGAAAGAGGGCCACUAUUCUGAAGUACAACUGGCCAAAGGGCCAUUAUCGUUUUUGUGAUGCUCUCUCAAUGUUGGGGGAACAUGCCUGGGCACUAGAAGCAAAUGAGAGAGCUCAACAUCUCUGCAGAAAUUACCCUGAUGGAAUGAAGGAUCUUACUCAACAGAACAUAAAAUUACUAAAACAAGUGGAAGAAUUACGAGGUUCAAAACAUGGAAUGAGGAAAUCAAUUUAUGGGAAAAGGUUAUCCUCAGGCUCUCCAAAACCUUCACAUUCUGGUUAUCUUAAUCUUAUGGAAACCAAUGAAGAAAAUAAAGUUUUAAAAUUAGCAUCGAAAUAUCGUGACUAUUAUCAAUAUCAGAAUUUGAAGGUAUCUCGUGAGAUUUUGAAAUUAGAAAAUAAAAGCUAUCAACCGGAGUUGCCACCAGCUCAUAACCCUAAAUGUAGAGGAAAAUCAAGGAUAAAAAAUGAGGAGAUGGGAAAACCAAGCCUACAACUGAAUUUACAAAUAGAUUUGCAGAGCUUGCUGGAUAAACAAUUCAGUAAAUCUUCCAGAGCUGUACAGCAGGAUUUUGCUAUAUUAAUAAAAAUGCUGCAGUCCCUCAUCGAAGAAGGUUGCACAGCUCUGAUGGACCAACAUUGUCGCAGUGCAGCAAAAGCCUUCUCACGUUUGCUAAGUGAUUUAGAUCCCAAUAAACUGAAGCAACUGAAUCUUGCCCUUAUUAACUAUGUCCUAGUAAUCUAUGGUUAUGCCAUCUCUCUUCUUGGAAUUGGACUGCCUGAGGAAUUAUCAGAAGCUGAAUAUCAAUUUAAGAGAAUUAUUGACCAAUAUCCCAAUGAAGGAGUUGACUGCUUAGCCUAUUUUGGUAUUGGAAAAGUAUAUUUGAAAAAGAAUAGAUUUUCAGAUGCACUUGGUCAUUUUGAAAAAUCAAAAACUAUGAUUAAACUUAUUCCUGGAGUAUUGACUUGGCCUACAACUAAUGUGAUUAUUGAAGAGUCUCAAGCUGAGAAAUUACAGUUGAUAUUGGAAAAUCAUAUUGAAGAAUGCAAAUUCCCUCCAAAUCCAGAUGCAGUUUGUUGUUAUCAAAAGUGCAAUGGAUAUUCCAAAAUCCAGAUAUAUUUAAGUGAUCCAGACUUCAAGGGUUUUAUACGAAUUAACUGCUGCCAGUUUUGUAGAAUUGAAUUUCACAUUAGCUGUUGGAAAAAAUUAAAAACAACAAUUUUCAAUGAUAAAAAUGACAAGGAAUUUCUUCAAGAAACAUGUCUUACUCCUGACUGUAGAGGUAUUAUUUCUAAGAUUGUUAUCUUUGGUGCAACUGGUCAUAUUAAAUGUGAAUUUGAACAUAGGGUCACAAAAGAAAGGGAUCCUCCAAGACCUGUCAUGAAGCAGAAAUGUUCUAGUCUAGAGAAAUUAAAAAUUAAAGAAGAAAAGAAAGUUAAGAGAAAGCUUCAAAGAAAAGAAGCAAAAAAAUUAGCAAAAGAGAGAUUGGAAGAGAAAACUGUAGAAAAUAAUUCAUCUAAGCAAGGUGACCAUAAAGGAUUUGUACAGAGUUGCCAGUUUCCAGAUGAUAGGGUGUUGCAGUGUAUAAAACAAAAUGCUGAGCAAAUUAAAUCUGGCAUUCAAGACACUACCAAACUUCUUAGAGAUUUGCUUUGUUGGAAGGUAAUAAACACAGAAGAUUAUGCAGAUUCAUAUUUUAAUAGCAAUUUUCUAAGGGAAACAGUGGAGCGUCUCCUCGAGCAUUUGAUACGGAAAAACAAUAGAGUAAACACAAGAAUUUUUCUUCAUGUAUUAAGUGAGAUCAAUGAAGUAAAGCCCAAACUACGUGAUUGGAUCAACAAACUCAAUAGCUUAGGUUUGGAUGCUACAAGGAUGUUUUUUUCCCGUUAUGGUGAUUGUAUAAAAGAGCUUGAUUUUAAACUGAUAGCUGUUCUCUGGGAUGAGAAAUAUGGGCGUAAACUAGACCAUGUAAUCACCAUUCGUGAAGAGAGAGAUGUAGUUGGAUAUUUCAAUAAUCCAGGGUCAUUGAAGGAAGCUCGCUCCAUAAUAUGGCUUUUAGAAGAAAAUAGAGAGAAGUUUCCAGCACUACAUAAUGCUUUAGAUGAAUUCUUUGAUAUAAUGGAUGGCCCUUGUACUAUAUUAAGGAAACAAGAGAAUGAAGAUAUUUCAACUAAUGGUAUUAAGGUAAAAAACAAAACCAGAAAAAAGAAGCACAAAGAAUCAAAGCCUGUUUUCAUACUCUCUGGAGUUGGUGGAGUAACUCAAAAUGAUGAUAAAACUGGUACAGAUGAAAGUAGUUUACUUCCAUCGAAUUCUUAUGACCCAUUUGUAGUACCUGAUUAUCUUCGAGAUGAGGUAGAAGAAUUUGAAGCUCUAUAUGAAAAAAAUAGUUCAAAUAAUAGCCAUUAUCAGAAGUUGAAUAGUAAUCUAGAUCCAAAAUGUGAACCAUUAUAUGACUAUUUUUCUCAGAUCCUGGAAGAACAUGGCCCUUUGGAAAUUGAUGACAAGUUAUUGGUUGGAGAAUAUGAACUUUUUCCUGAAGAAACUAGGAAGAUUGUGGAGGAGGCAGGAGGCUUAAAAUCUUUUCUCUUGGAUUCUCUUCGUUUUGUUAUGAUAGACAAUUAUAUUGGAUUAAUGAAAGAUGCCAUUCAACUUAAGAAAAAUAAGACCACUGGUGCUGGGGUGGAAGAAAGUACUAAUCUAGAUGAAAAAGAAAAGUUCUCUCCACCCUUUCAGAAAAAUGCUUCCCAGGUUAAACCACAGUUGAAUCCAGCAGCCAAGGAAUUCAAACCAGUGUCUUGUAAUUCUCACAUACCAGCAUCUAAAAAUAAAAAGGGAAAUCGAGCUGCAAAGCAUGCAGCUGCAGGACAUACCUCACAUAAUGCUCUUAAUACCAGUUUUUCUAAUCAAGGAUUUGACACCAGUAACACACCAGUGUCUCGUGCAAAUGUAUCACCACAGUCAUCUCAAUGUGUUAAUGUAUGCACACCUGCAUCCGACAUAUCUUCUGAUUAUCAGACAAAAAGAAAAAUACCUGUUUCAGCUGCACCUCCUGUCACAGAUACUGACAGAAGAGAUAAUCAUAUCCAUGCCAAUUAUGAGGCUUGUCAUGUGAAUACUGAAAAACCAAUGGGGAAUAUGCUUGAAAAAGUAUGUUCCUCUGGUAAACUUACUUAUGAAAAACAGAUCCAUCAGAACACUCAGAAAACAACUGUAAAGUCAGAUAUUUAUAAAAAUAAUACUGCCAAAGAUACCUACAGCAAAAAUAAUGAUCAUUGUAAUAUUGACACUAGUAAACUGGAGGCAGAAAUGAAAAAUACUACUAUCAUUAAAAAUACUCCAUGUACACGAAUGGUUGCCAUACAGGUGAAAAAAGACUUAAUGCACCAGGAGGUUAAUACUGUGCCUUUUGGUCCAUUUGAAACACAGCAGGGUGAUAUUUUACGAAUGGAAAAGGAACAUCAGGUAUUACAAGAGCAACUUAAGGAAGCAAGGGAAAAAUAUGAGCAAUUAAAAUGUAAAAGUACAGAAGAGACCAGAGAGCUGGAAGAAAAACUGAAAAGAACAAUGGAAGAAAAUAAGAUUACCAAGACUGAAUUGAAUUGGUUUCAUCAAGAUUUGGAAAUAGAAAUGAAAAAAUGGCAACAGGAGAAAAAGGAAAAUCAAGAAAAAUUAAAAACUCUAAGAAAUAAAGUAAAAAAACUUACAGAUUCCAAUGAAAUAUACUCACGGAAUAAUGAGGAAAAGGAUCAACAGUAUGCAUCACACUUGGAUCAAUUCCUCAAAAUCAGUAAUAAAUUUGCAAAUGAAAAAUUGAAAAUGGAGGAACUUAUAAAGAAGGGAAAAGAGAAUUACCAUGAAGCUAUUAAAAGAGCUGUGGCUGCAGAGGUGACUAUACUUGAAAACUGGAAGAAUACUGAUGUGAAUAAAUUGCAGAUUACCUUAUCAAAAGCAGAAAUGUAUAUUAAGAACCUAAAGUUAAUGAACAGUGGUUCUAUUUCAUAUCUUAAUUUGGAAUCUGAGAUUAAUCAUUGGGAGUCAUUUAUUUCAAAAAUAAAAAAAGAAAUUGAGAAGGCAGAGUUUGAGUUUGAAGACCGAAUUCAGAAAGUUAAAUCUGGAUCUCAACUUGAUAAACUUUCUAAAGUAAAAGUUUCUGAAUUUCCAUUACCUACAAAUAGUUUAUUAAUUCAAGGCAAACUUGCUCAUAUUAAUGAUCCAUCAAUUAAGACAUAUUCUACACAAGUUCAUCCUAAGUCACUUCCUGAAUUUUCAUGUCCUGAUGAUCAGAGUCCAGUGAUUAUGCCAACUAAUUUAUUAACUGGGAACCAAACUCUGGCACUUCAGAACUCAAGUCUGCACUCUGUCAGUGACUGCGCAAUGGAGAUACCUUCUGCACUUUUACAAGCAUCUUAUACUGAUCCGUGCCAGGUUAUGGAUUCUGAAAAGGAUACACAGAUUAAUCAAAGUUCCACAGAUGUUUCACAGACACAUGCCAGCACUCUGAACCAGCCACAGAAGACUUUUAACAACGUGAUUGAACAUCUGGCAGCAAUAUUCCCAAAUUACAGCAGUGCUGAGCUUUUGAAUUUUAUCCAAGAAGUACAAAAUCAAGAUAGAUCCACCAGUGCAGGGUUGGAGUCUGAUGAAAUUGUCAGAAACGUGACAGAACUUAUUCUGGAUGAGCAGAAUAAAAAAACUGCAGUUCAAGGAAAAGACAUGGUGUCUGUAACAAAUGGUGCUACUGCUGCUACUGAAUCUCCUGGUCUUAGACAUUCAGCAGAAAAUGUAUCCAUAUCCAGUCCCUCCAAGGUCCCAGUUUCCCAAACACUUGCCAGCAAACCCUGGGUAGUUGUUGGAGGACCCUCAAAGUCCAAGUGGCAAAAAUCAAAUGAUUCCCCUGCCUCCAGUGAUGACCCCUGUAUAAUAUGCUAUGAUGAGCUAAAUCAGGAAGGUGUGUGUGAGAUGGAGUGUGGGCAUCAGUUUCAUAAAUGGUGUAUUGAACAGUGGCUUAAAGAACAAAGUACAUGUCCAACAUGCCGUGAAUAUAUCCUGUUAGCAGAAGAAUUUCCUGCACUUUCUGGAUCAGGCCGACCUGCUUAAAAUUUAGCAACUACCUUACUACUAUUCCAGUUAG